AUCAAUGUGUGCUGGUGCAAGACGUCGUAGAUGGACAGGUACAUUUGCCAUGUACACAGUAUUCCAUGCACAAAAAGUUGGGUGGUGGUGGUGGUGGAGUGGUGGAGGAGGAGGACCGCCCGCCCACUAACACCACCACCACCACCACCCAUGACACCUCCUCCUCUUUUGGCGAGACGGCCACCGCGCGCUCGACGCCGCCUCCGCCUCCGCCGCCGCUCCUGGGCCGCCCGUCAGCUUCCCUCGCAUCUGCGUCCUAUUCAUCCACUGUCUCCCUUGUUCACAUCGUCACUACCAUCGCGGCGAUUCCGAUAAUGCGCAAUCACCGAAUUCAUUCAUAUCGUCGAUAUCAUCAAUAUGGAAAGCGCUAAUGAUUCGCUGAAGCGCAAGCGGAGUCCCUCCGACGCAGGCGGUGCCCUUGCUUCCGCUUCGCCAGCCAAAAUUUCAAAACCAAAUCACCAACUCAGUAUCAAUUAUCUGGCGCGUCAUUCUCAAGAUGACCUGCCGCUCGUCACUAAAGAUGACACUCUUCCGAAUCUGCUGCAUCUGCUGUCCAGCUACAACAACGUUCUCGAUCGCCAUGAGUCGCUAGCCUCCAAUUUGGGCGCCCGUCCGCUGGGACCGAUCUUAAUCAAACGCUUCGAGCGAUGCUUUGAUGCACCGCCGAAAAUCAUCAGCUCGCAUGUCAAGCCAGGUGCUGGCGCCGGAGCCGCUUCCGAGGAUGCUUCUCACCAGAUCACCUGGCUAGAAGUGAUCGAGUUUGCGCGCGCGCACCCGAGCCAAUUUACUCUCACCACAUUCUCCGAAGGCUCACGAGUCUGUCAAUUCUAUUAUCCACAGAAACAGACACGGGUGCAGGUCAGCGAGGAGGACUUUCUCUUCAUCAACAGUGGGCGGUGUCAAGAGCUGAUACCACCCUUGCCGAUUUGGGAAGACGAAGAGAAGGAGUUUAAUACAUGCGAUCUACUAGAAGUCAAGCUUAAGGAGCUCACAAACGCUGCGGAUCUGGUUGCUGCGCGCACGCGGCAGUUGACACAUCGGUUGAAGGGACGUAGGGCCGCCAUCGCGGAAAGGAGGGCGGAGGGCGGAAGUGGUACUCCAGCCAAGGCAGGUGCACCUCAGGCGACCACAACGUUUCCGCACCCAGCUGCUGUAGGCCAUCAUGCGCAGCCGGGUGGAAAUACUCGGCCAUAUGCGGCAGCAGUUGAGUCUGGUGAAGGGUCAUCGGCCACGGUUCGGGAUGAACUUUUGCGCCACUUCGAAAGUCUCCCGCACAACUAUCACAAUCCCGUGCCUCAUAGCGUGGCACAUUCACGGCAACCGUCAAUGGCCGGCCAUCUAGAUCAUGGCAAUCACGCGCCGAGGGCUAUGGAGGGCAUGCAUUCGGCGCAUCACGAAGGCAUAUCGAAUGCUUCUUCUCUUUCUCCCGCGCCGCCGAACGUUUCACACGCGGACGGACAUUCGCGAGCACGCCAGGGACAUACCAGUCCCUCACGUAGUCAUCAAGCGACCGCUUCACAAUCACAUCGACAUUCGCCGACCGCAGACAAGGACGCAACGAAUAACGCAUCCGGUCAAUCUAGACAUAACUUCAGUCGGCCUCUUCCAGCAGCGUUGGAGAGCAGUCAGCCAUAUAGACCCAUCUGCCAGGCCAGCAUGGAUAGCUUACCACGCGGUCAUCGAGUCAUACCACCCUGUGAUCGGUGUCGACGGUUGAGAAUGGAUUGUCUUAAGAACCUCACUUCGUGCGCAGGGUGCACGCGAAAGCAUGCGCGGUGUCAUUGGCGCGAAGUAUCGCGAGAGGAACUCAGCGCGUUAGAUCAUCUUAUGAAUGGCGAUUUGAAGGAGUUACCGAAUCAUGCCGAUUCGGCCAUGCCGAACGGCCACGCGAACGGUGAUGCUCACAGUGAUGGGCAUCAUGAGGAGAGCGAGGAUGACGAGAGCAAUCCGCUUGAAGAUCUCGAAGCUCUGGGUCAGAUAGAGGAGCAAGACGCCGAGCGGGGCGAAGGCUCAGGAAAGAAGGACGGCAGCCAGAGUCAUCCGAGUGCUGCUGCACAUUCGCCAUCGAUCGCCGAGCAAGUCGAUAAAAGCGCAGCAGAUCAUCGGCCGCCCACUGAUGGUGGCAAGCAUUCGCCGAGCAAUUCUCGAGCGCAAAACAACGACUCAACGACCAAACCGGCGGACAACAACUUGUCACAUCCGAGCAGUCACCAUCAUCACAACAGCGACAACCAUCACAACAAUAAUGACAGCAAAAGCAUAAACAGCACGGCUCCCGCGUCCGCCGCAGCAUCCUCGGUAAAAAGACCUACCUAUGACCCCGUCCAUGAUAAUUCACCCUAUACGCGACCUGGCCAGGGCGGCAGCAAUGCUAGUGCCUCGCCUCCGCCGCAUUCACAGCCACCUCAAGCAGCCUCUGCCGCGGCGAGCAGCGGUGACGUGUCGAGCUCGCAGGGUGGUCGCAGUGGGUUCAACGCCGUCAACGGGAGUGUCCCGGCCGCAGGUGCUGCAUCAUGGCGAGCAGUCUGAAGCAGCGACCAGAGCCCGCGACCCACCUGGGCGCUUAAAAUUCACGGAAAAUGCACUUAUUCUUGUUGGUCUUUCUCUGUCAGUCUCGCCGGCCUGUGAGCAGGGGUCACAGGCUGAUCUGUAGAGCUGAAGAGGAAAGAUUUGCUUCUUUUGCCUACUCUUUUUUUUCGGAGCAUACGCCGGUGCGGCGUGGGCAGAUUGUUGUCCGUGUGAAGGGGUGUCUUUUGUGACCAGACGAAUUUCAUGAUGACAUGGGCACUUAGUGGCGGGAGAGGGGUAUUGAAUGACAAGGGAAAGAGAGCACAACGUUGCGAUUCAACGUGUGUGAUCACACUAUCGAUGUAUGCUGUACUUUUGUACUUUUAGCACGUCUUUCGUAGACCACCUCGAAACGAGCGCGCUCUGCUCGAGUGGGCCCUUGCAUGAGGCUUAUUGGAUUUUGCUCUGUUGAACUCCUCUGCCGUUUGCCGACAUGAAUCUCAUCACCAC